UGCUGGAUGCAGUCAGUCAGUCUGUGUUGAGACUCACAGCUUUCAUGCAGCGAUCAACGAGCUAGAGUUUAACUUCUGUGAGAAUCAGGCAGACUGAGAAGAAAACAAUCGGAGUUAUACAUCUGGGAUUUUUUUAUUAAACGAAGAAGAAGAAUAGAAAAUCCCCAGCGAUCAGUUUGGACUUGAUGAGAAAGUUAAGAAGUCUCGCUCUUGAGGAGCCCUGCGGAUUAUGAUUUGAAUUAAAGGAAUUUACUACACUGUUGCUCGCGAACAGGAUGAAUCUCUGCUUGCUACAUGCCGUCACGCUGCUGUGGGCCUUGUGCGACAGGGCGCAGGGCCAGUGUGACAAAUCACCCGAGACCAACAAACUCAACCUCUCGGUCAACUACGAGCUGCCGACGUUCAACGCAGACUUCCCCGUCCAGAACAUGGUGACGCUGGAUGGGAUCGUCUAUGUCGGCGCUGUGAACAGGAUCUAUGCCUUGGCGCCGAACCUCACAAAGCUUUCUGAAUACCGCACAGGGCCGCUGCUGUCCAACGAGACCUGUGGCCAGACAUCAACAGGCGCUAGCAGUGGCAGCAGGGUGGACAACCGCAACAUCGCCCUGGUGGUGGAGAACAUCUACGACAAAGGGUUGUACAGCUGCGGAUCGGCGGACAACGGCAUUUGCCGGCGUCACGUCCUGGAUGACGACACGAGCCCGAUGACCGUGGACGAACAGGUGUACUGCUUCGCCGACAAAGUGAGGAGAGUCAAAGGUCAACCCGUCGACUGGGAUGUUGUUGUCAGCGCUUCGGGCUCCCAGGUGCUCAACGUGGAGAGCAACAUCAUCAAGUUCUUUGUCGGGAACUCUGAGAUCCCCGGCGCAGGAAAUGUAUCGGCAAGCGCAAAUCACCCCCAUACCAUCUCUCUGCGGAAGAUGAAGACGAGCCAGAACGGCUUCACCUUCUACUCAGACCACUCGUACAUGGACCUGAUUCCACCGCUACGUGGAAACUACUACCUGCGAUAUGUUUACUCCUUCCACAGUGGACCCUUCACCUACUUCCUGACGGUGCAGCGGGUGAGCGUGGACUCCCAGGCCUACCACACCCGCAUAGUCCGCAUGUGCUCCACGGACAUCGUGAUCCGCCGCUACGUGGAGAUGCCCCUCGAGUGCAUCAGCACCGAUAAAAGGCGACGACGCUCGCCGGAAGCCGUGAAGGUCUUUAACAUCCUCCAGGCGGCCCACGUCACCAAGGUGGGGAAUGACGUGGAGCUGCAAAGACAGCUGAAGGUGGAGGAGGGCGACGACGUGCUGUUCGCCGCCUUCGCACGGGGGAAGCCGAACUCUCCGGAACCGACGGCGAACUCGGCCAUCUGCGUCAUGUCCCUGAAAAACAUCAACACCCUGUUCAAGAGGUACAUGCAGAGCUGCAGCACCGUCGACCCGUUUCACUUCACCGGAUCACACAAGAAGUCCUGCUACAAUGUGAGUUCAUCAGACGACUGCGACCCGCACGAGGGAAUCCACGAGGGGAAAGAGAGCAAUUACCGCCUGGAGGUGACCCAGUUCGUCCAAAGGCUGGAGUACUGGCACAAAGAGCUCACUAACACCUUGGUUACAUCCAUCACCGUGGCACCAGUCCACGGCCGGGCCGUGGCAUAUUUGGGCACCGCCGAUGGACGCCACAUUCAGGUGCUGGUCUCCCGGUUCGCCUCCCCUCAUGUGAACAUCAGUCUGGACUCGAGGCCCGUCUCUGCCAGCGUCGCCCUGCUGGCCCCCGACGGCUCAGGAGGAGCUCUGCUGAUGGCCACAGGGAACAAGAUCACUAGAAUCCCUCUGAUUGGCCCCGGCUGUCGUCAGCUGACCACCUGCAUUUCCUGUUUGUUGUCGUCGCGGGUUACGGAAUGUGGCUGGUGUGACGGACGCUGCACCAGAGCCAAUCAGUGCCCCUCCCCCUCCCUCUGGACCCAGGACCACUGCACACCCGUCAUCACUAAGUUUUCUCCGACCUCUGGACCAAUACGAGGCUCUACGACGGUGACGAUGUGUGGGAGAAACUUCGGAUUCGACAAGACGGAAAACUUCAAGGCAUCAAUGGUGACGGUGGAGGUGGCAGGAGCUCCCUGCAAACUGCCCAGACAAGACAACAUCAACAGGUGGACUGAGAUGCAGUGUUCCCCCGUGUUCAGCGGGAACUUCACCCCAACAGGACACACAGUGAAGGUCACCAGUGGGAGUAAGGUGGCCACGUUGGAGGGCUUCACUUUGGUGGACCCUGUGAUCAGCGAAAUCUUCCCGACAUUCGGACCAAAGUCUGGUAACACCAUGCUGACCAUCAGAGGAGCCUUCCUGGAUACUGGGAACAAGAGGGAGGUGAUGAUAGGGAAAGCAGCCUGUAAGAUCCAGAGCUUGUCCUCCACGAUGCUGACCUGUAAGACGCCUCCACACGCCGUUCCCUCAAAGCAACCCGUGAAGCUGACGGUGGAUUCAGUGGAGCUUCACGCGCCGGUGCUGUUCACCUACAACCCGGACCCCAUCAUCCACAGCAUCCAGCCCUCGCGCUCCUUCGUCAGCGGAGGCUGCACCGUGUCGGCUCAUGGCCUCUUCCUGCAGUCCGGCCUCCAGCCCCAGAUGGUCCUCACCACCGGGCAGGAUGCUGAAGUCUUCCAUGUGAGCUGUGUGUACGGGGAGAACCGGACCUCCAUCCAGUGCACCACCCCCUCUCUGGCCAAACUGGCCCUGCAGCCGCCCGUCGUCACCAAGAUGGCGUUCGUUCUGGAUGGCUACCUAACGGAUCAGUGGGACCUGAUCUACGUGGAGGACCCGCUCUUCCAGGACCCCAAACUCACCUCCAAGGACAACAAGAGCAUCGUGGAGCUCAAGGGCGACCACAUGGACCGGGAGGCGAUGAAGUGUCAGGUGCUGACGGUCUCCAACCACAGCUGUGAGAGUCUGACCCUGACGGGGAACACUCUGCAGUGCACCGUCCCCACCGAGCUGCAGGCCAACAGCGCCAAGAAGCUGCAGGUGGAGUGGCGGCAGGCGGGCUCCAUCCUGCAGCUGGGCACGGUGACGCUGGCUCAGGAGCAGGACUACACCGGGCUGAUCGUGGGCUGCGUGUUCGUCAGCCUGCUGCUGGUGCUGCUGGGCUCGCUGCUCAUGUGGAGGAGGAACAAACACAUCGACGAUCUGUCUGAGGUUUGGUAUGAUGGCCGGGGUAAUAUCCAGCAUCUGGACAGGCUGGCUAACGCGAGGAGCGUCAGCCCCACUAACGAGAUGGUCUCCCACGAGUCUGUCGACUAUAGAACCACCCUGCUGGAUGAUCAGGGCACCGACCGGCCGGAGACGUGCCGCGGGGCUCCUCCCAUCUACGGGGGAAACGGCGAGCUGCUGUCCCCCAGACUGGGAGCCAUGGGAGGGAUGGGGAUAGGGAUUGAUGGCGAGCUGGUGUCCCCACUACUGAUGGCCCCGGUCCACAUCGACCCUUCCUGCCUCCACCCGGAUCUCCUCACCGAGGUGCAGCACGUGGUGAUCGCCCGGGACCAGCUGCUGCUCCACCUCAACCAGGUCAUCGGCCGAGGACACUUCGGAUGUGUUUUCCACGGAACGCUGCUGGAGCCGGACGGACAGAAGCAGCACUGCGCCGUCAAGUCUCUGAACCGCAUCACAGACCUGGAGGAGGUGUCCCAGUUCCUGAAGGAGGGGAUCAUCAUGAAGGACUUCAGCCACCCCAACGUGCUCUCUCUGCUGGGGAUCUGCCUGCCGCCCGAGGGCUCCCCGCUGGUGGUGCUGCCCUACAUGAAGCACGGAGACCUGCGCAACUUCAUCCGCGACGAGGGGCAUAACCCCACCGUGAAGGACCUGAUGGGCUUCGGGCUGCAGGUGGCCCGAGGGAUGGAGUAUCUGGCCAGCAAGAAGUUUGUGCACAGGGACCUCGCUGCCAGGAACUGCAUGCUGGACGAGAGCUACACGGUGAAGGUGGCGGACUUCGGGCUGGCUCGAGACGUUUACGAUAAAGAAUAUUACAGCGUUCACAACAAGAGCGGAGUGAAGCUGCCCGUCAAGUGGAUGGCUCUGGAGAGUCUGCAGACACACAAGUUCACCCCAAAGUCAGACGUGUGGUCGUUUGGCGUGUUGAUAUGGGAACUCAUGACCCGAGGAGCUCCUCCGUACUCGGACGUGAACUCCUUCGACAUCACCAUCUUCCUCCUGCAGGGGAGGAGGCUGCUGCAGCCCGAGUUCUGCCCCGACGCUCUAUACACGGUGAUGGUGGAGUGCUGGCACCCGAAGCCGGAGCGCCGCCCCUCCUUCUCCGAGCUGGUGUCGCGCAUCUCCUCCAUCUUCUCCAGCUUCAGCGGCGAGCACUACGUCCUGCUCAACACCACCUACGUCAACAUCGAGAAGAUGAGCCCGUACCCGUCCCUCCUCUCCUCCUCCUCCUCCUCCACCACAAACACCAACGUCUCCUUCUCCUCCUCCUCCUCUUCCGCCGACCCUUCCACCUCCACAUCCCUGCCCACGCAAUCCCCGUUCUUCUGCCACGUGCAGCGGGAAUGCUGCACCUGAGGGAGGGGGGAAAUGAGCGGGAGAAAGACUCUGAGAGGGAAGACAUUGAGAGGGUGAUGAAGAACUACUGUAUGUACUUGCCAAACACUGUAUGCUGAGGAAAAACAUUACAAUAAAUGUACAUAAAUGUGACUUUUUGGAGCAUCGCCAUACGACUGAGGUCCUCCGUAUCGACUUUUCUGACCCGAGGAAAAAUUAGGAUUUCCUGCGUUUUAACAAAGACAAUUAGACACAGGAAGUCCUCAAAACGUCACAGAUACACCCAAAAACUCUUAUCAGGAGGAUAGAUUUCCCGCUCCUCUGUGGGUGGCAUCAUGUGCUCCGAUACGAGGACUCCUUUUCCGCCGUCUGUAAUGUGAAUGUUUGACAAAUGGCUUCAAGAUGUCACACCUCCUCAAAAGGCCCGGUUUGAUGGACUGCAACGCCUCCAGUGUGUAACUGUGGAAGUCAGCGAUGAGCGAGGGAAGUGUAGGUGUAUGAAAACCACUCUCCUGCCUGUGUGCAGAUCACUGGAUGCUUUAUUUCUCUAAUUACACUACUUGUUGACCAUUAGCUUCUACGUGCGUGCAGAAGAAAACUCACCGUGACUCACCUGUGUGGAAAAAAACGCUUUUACGGUCCGCUUCCUUUCCCUGUUUCUAAACCUGAAACGUGUCAAAACAACUUCUCCGACGACGUGCACACACCUGAGCGCUUUUGUUUUCUUUCUAGAAGGAGGAGGACAAGUGAGAACCGUGUCUUGGGAUUACUGGGUUUAAACUCCAUUAUGCAUGGUUUACAGAUGGGUUAAUGUCAACCAUUAUACUCCUGGAUCGGGUAAAAAUGGAACCUAAGACAAAGAACGUGAUGGUUUUUAACUCACAUUUGUCUUCCUCUACUAGAGAUUUAAAACAUCUGUGAUUUUGGACGAAUUUCUGUAAUUUUGGACAACAUUUCUCCACAAACGUUCGUAUAGAUGAGAGCAACCUCGUCCCUCUGCGUCAUGGCCCCGCCUUUUUCUGUGUUUGAGAAUAUCACAAUGUCAUUUGACUGCUGGUAAAUACAGAUUCUGAUGUAGGAUAUAGGACAUAACACCGUGCAUUUCUUUCUUACAAGGAGCCAAAUCACGAUGGUCAGUCAGACGAACAAGACAUGACACGGCAGCCAUAAUGAAACGUAACUUUUCCGCUCGUUGCCGAUCCUUUUUACCUGGAAAGUGGGCGGGACCUUUAUUUCACCAGGCAGUGACGUAGCGCUGCUCUCAUCUGUCUCCCUCAGAUAUCACUAAGAGCCUAAAGUACUUUUACUUCAAACUUAAAUAAACAGCUUUGAUAAAAUGUACCAUUAUCCACUUAUUUUGAAUCACAGUCUGCCAUAAAAUCUCAAAUUGUCCCAUCCCUGGCCACUAUGUUGAGUUAUCUAAAGAAGAAAAACACUUGCUUUCUAAGUACAUCCCGUCAAAUCACUAAAGUUCUCCCUAAAAACCUACAUUUUUAAAGAUGUUACUCCUAAAACGUUCACCUUAAUUCGUCUUUCUGUUCACCUGGCUUCAAACCAGGAGGGUGUUGUCAUGUGACUCUCGUUCUAACUCUUUGAGCAUUAUGAAGAAAUAUGUUAAGGUUGAAAGGCCGUCACAGUGUGUUUGCAAAUUUUAGCUCUUUAACGACAAAUCCUGUAGAAUUUGCACUUUUUUAAAGCAUUUUUUUAAAGCAAAUGAUUUUGUUUUUUUCUAAUCCAUGCAGCUUUUAUUCCUUUCUGCACAGUAAGAAAACCACAGUCAGGUUCAUGCUGGACACAUCAAGUCUGUGUGAAAUGUGGUCAACGAUAUAUAAUUGCAGUUUAAGUGCAAAUAGAUUUAUUGUAGGUGUGUACAGUAAGUCAUACUGUACUGUAGAAGUGUGCCAAAUGAUGAUCACAUUGACUUUUAAUGGUUCAUUUCUAACCCAUGUUCAUAAACUGUAUAAAAGAUGUAUUUGUUGUAGGAAUCUGAAACACAUUUCCUAAAUGCUGUAUGUGUUUUACAGCAACACCAAGGAAAAUGUUCUCAGUUUCAUGCAUUCUUUCUUAAAUUUGCUCGUGUUGUCAGCGUGCUAUGCUAGUGUCGAGCCGUUUUAUCAGAUUGCAUUUUUGACUGAAAUGUAACAGAAUGAAGUCAAAAAUCUGGGUCUUUUCUGUGUGUGAUAUACUAUGAUGUACUACACAGCUGGAGCUUUCUUCAAGUGUUUUCAUACUGUCCUGAAAUGAAUGGAUGGAAUUAAGCCUGAUGGAAUCAGUUAGCUGUGAUGCCAAUCAAACAGAAUUUGUUGCUAAUGUGCUAAGACUUGCAAACCACUGCCGAGGCCCCCUUUUCCUUUCCGUUUGCUUUGUGUAGCGGCUGAUGUUUUUAUUAUUGUUUUAUCUGAAUGGCUGCUGAUGCCACUGGGCCAUUGACGGACAGGUAUGAAUGUUUGCUAUGACAAGAAAAAUUGCUGUACUAUAUAUUUUUGUAUCGAUGAUGAGCCUCUUCUUUUGUGCCACGACUGACGAUCAAAUCAAUCCUUUGUUUUUGUUUUCUAGACCAACCACUGCCAUUUUUGUAAAUAAUGAGAGGAGGAUCGUGGGGGGGGGUGUGAUGCUCGUUUUAUCUCGUGUCACUGUAGACUGCUGUCGCUCUGAUCAUGUGACGCUCCAUCACUCUGUGUUUAACACUGUUCUCCGUCUCUGUGUGUAUGAUAUGUUGUACAUAGAAAUCCUGAAGGUACAUGUUCCUCUGUAAUGUCAAAUCAACUUUGUCAGUGUAAUAAAGCUAUGCUAUCAGA